GAGGCGCGGCUCUGGCGCGCGCAGCGGCGGCAGGCGCGGCAGGCCUUCGAGCAGGAGGACACUGCCGAGCGGGAGGGCCUCGUGGCGGCCGCCCUCGAGGUGCAGCGCGUGCUCCGCGAGCGCGCGGCGGCCGUGGCCCGCGAGCGCGCCGAGGAGGACCGCCGCGCCGAGUGGGCCGCGUCGGUCACGGAGAGGACCCGGAGCGCGCUGAGCGAGGGCAGGGCGCGGGCGCGGUGCCCCUUCCUGGAGGAGCUGCGCAGCUCCCGGGAGGCGGAGCGCGCGGCGCGGGAGGCGACGGCACAGAGGAGCGCGGCGCUGCUGCGGCGGAUGGCCGAGGAGAAGGUAGCAAGGGCGGAGGCCGAGCAGAAGGCCACCGAAGAGCAGCGCGCCAGUGAGGAAGCCGAGCAGAAGGCCGCCGAAGAGCAGCUGGCCGUGGAGGAGACUGCGCGGAAGGCUUCGAAGGAGGUCAAGCAGAAGGCCGCCGACCAACAGCGGGCCACCGACGAGGCUGUGCGGCAGGCUUCGGAGGAGGCCGAGCAGAAGGCCGCCGACGAGCAGCGGGCCAUGGAGGCCGAGCAGAAGGCCGCCGACGAGCAGCGGGCCACGGAGGCCGAGCAGAAGGCCGCCGACGAGCAGCGGGCCACGGCCGAACAGAAGGCCGCCGACGAGCAGCGGGCCGCGGAGGCUGCUGCGCGGCAGGCCUGCGAGGCGCCGGCCGACGCCGACGAGGAGGCCGACGCCGAGGAGGAGCCCCCGGAGAGCGCCCGCCUGGCGAGCUCCCUGGGCGACGCCAGGGACGAGGAGUCCCUGGCGGCCGACGGGGACCUCCUGCAGUGGUUCGCGCCGCUGCAGGCCGCCCUGAGGGCGCGGGACGCCGAGCAGGCCGUCAGCGAGCAGCGGGCUGGCAAGGAGGAAGCCCCUGUGGAGGAUACGCCUGUGGAAGACGAGAUCGGCCCGGCGGACCUGAGGGUCCAGCCCUCUGCCGGCGUUCCAGAUGCGCCCCUUGCCAAGGCCGAGGCGCUCCUCGCAGCCCCAGCCGCAGAGGAGGGCACCCUGGCGGCGGACAAGCUCGGCCCAAUGGACCUACAGAGCCAGCCCUCUGCCGGCAUUCCAGAAGCGCCCCCUGCCAAGGCCGAGCCGCCCCCCGCAGCCCCGACGGCCGUGGAGCUCGCGGCGCUGGAGGAGGGCACCCCGGCGGCGGACGAGCUCGGCCCGGCGGACCUGCAGAGCCAGCUCUCUGCCGGCAUUCCAGAAGCGCCCCGUGCCAAGGCCGGGCCGCCCCCCGCAGCCCCGACGGCCGUGGAGCUCGCGGCACUGGAGGAGGGCACCCCGGCGGCGGACGAGCUCGGCCCGGCGGACCUGCAGAGCCAGCCCUCUGCCGGCAUGCCAGAAGCGCCCCCUGCCAAGGCCGAGCCGCCCCCCGCAGCCCCGACGGCCGUGGAGCUCGCGGCGCUGGCGCCCGCGUCGACGACACUGGCGCAGCCUGCCCACCCGGGGGACACGCGGCUGAGCGUCGCCUCGCAGGAGGGGUUCGCGGUCGGCGACGUGGUCUCCAUCACAGCAGGCGGGCACUCGGAGACGAGGACCAUCGCUGGCUUCGGCUCCAUCAUCGUGCACCCGCCGCUCUCGAACGGGUACCAGGUCGGGGCCGUCGUCGCCAGGGUCUCUGGGCCGGCCGAGCAGGUGGCCGCCGCCGAGCCGCGCGCCGCAGGGGAGGCGGAGCAGCGCGCCGACGCCCCGAGCCCUGCCGGGCGGGAGCUGGAGGCGCCCCCCGCGCCGGCGGCGGCGGAGCGCUCCGCGGAGCGCUCCGCGGAGGAGCAGGGGCCGGCGCAGGGGGCGGAGCACAGGGCGGAGCAGGAGGGGCGCGAGGCGGGGCGGGCAGCGGAGCGGGGGGCGGCCCCGGAGCGCGAGGCGAGGCUCGAGGCAGAGAGGGCGUGGAGGGCCCGGGAGCUCGAGGCGGAGCGCCAGGCGGAGUGGAGGGUGCAGCAGGCGGAGCAGAAGGCCCUGCAGGCCGAGCAGAGGGCGGUGGAGGACCAGAAGGCGAGGCUGGCGGCGGAGUGGAGAGCGGCCCAGGAGCGCGAGGCCAGGCUGGAGACGGAGAAGGCGCUGAAGGUCCUCGAGCUCGAGGUGGAGCGCCAGGCGAGGGGCGCCGCCGAGCAGCGGGCGGCCGAGGGCCUGCGGGCCAGAGAGGAGGCCGAGCGGCGCGCCGACGACGAGCGGCGGGCCCGGGAGGAGGCCGAGCGGCAGCUGCGGGAGGCGCUGAGGAUGCAGACGAGCGCGAGGGGCGGCGGGCGCGAGGAGCCGACGCCGGCAUCGCCGCGGGCGCCGGCACCGCCGGCGCCAGCACCGCCGCCUGCGCCACCGCAGGCGCAGGGGGCGGCCGUCGAGCGGAGCGAGCAGGAGGCGGAGGGCAGGCAGGAGGCGGAGCAGCGGGUGCCGCCGCCGGAGGCGCGCGGGGAGCUGGACGCGAGCGCUGGGCCCGACACCAACGACGAGGCCGCCGUGCAGGACGCCCUGCAGCUGACGCUGAAGACCACCUUCGACACGACCGCCCCAGAGGAGGCCAGCGAGUGGUCGCUCUCCAGCGGGGUCGCGGAGCUCAGCUGGGUGGUGGGGAGCGAGUUCCUGGACGAGCUGGGCGACGCCGUGCUCGACGUGGGCCCCUGCUUCAGCGAGGUCGACCUCGGCGCCCCGUCGACGCCCGGGACCUCGCCGCGCCAGUCUCGCCCGGUGCGCCCUCGGCCAGCGGCACUCCCCGCAGAGGCGAUCCCGGAGGGCCCCGCGGAGGGCCCGCUGGCGGAGCUGCCGCCCCCGGAGAGACCAGACGACGACGGGCCAGGAACCUACUGGGUCGUGUCGGCAGGUGUGGCGGGCACCGUGCCUGUGACGGCAGGCAGGUCGUGCGCAUCCACGACCGUCGGCGAGGUGCGCGCGGGCACGAUCGUGGGCGCCCUGGCCAUCCAUGAGGACUCCGACCAGGGGUGCCGCCGCGCGCAGAUAGCCAGCCCGGGCGGCUGGAUCACGCUGCUCGACACUGGCAGCGGCUGCCGCUUCGCCAGGAGAGUCAGCGAGGACGGCCCCGGUGGGUACGCCGUCGUGUCCACCGGAAGUGCGUCGCUCCUUCCGGUCACCGAGUCUGCAGAGCGGGAGUCGCGCGUGGUGGCGGAGCUCGGCACGGGAAGCUGCGUCGCCGUCGUGGAGCUGGCCCCGCGCUUGGUCGCCGGCCGGCUGCGGGCACGCAUCGUCAUCCCCGCGGCGGGCUGGGUCACCGUGCUGGACGCCGCGAGCCGCCUCCGCUUCCUCGAGCGGGACGAGGGUGAGCACCAGGCCGAGGCCACCCCGCCCGCGGAGCUGAUGGAGGCCGACUCGCCCGGGGACUACCGCGUCACGUCCGCGGGGCCCCUCGACGAGCUGCCGGUCACCGCCGCGUUCGAGCGGGGCAGCGAGCGCAUGGGCGGCCUGGGCGUCGGCGAGCGCCUGACGGCGCUGGAGGUCCCCGAGGCGCUCGAGGGCGGCAGGGCGCCGCCCGCGGACAGCAGCACCGACUCGGCGGGCGGCGAGGCCGCGUCCUACGGCUACGACCUCGAGGCAGAGGGCUCCGCCGAGACUCGCCUCGCCGAGGACCUCAUCGGCAGGAGCGUCGUGAUCACUGGCCUGGUGCAGACCCCGCAGUACAACGGCCAGCUGGGCAAGGUGGAGGCGUUCGACGCCCAGCUCCAGCGCUACGCCGUGCUGGUGCGCGGCGCCGCGGGCACGGAGCUGGCGGGCCAGGCCGUGACGGCGAAGUUGCGGCGAGAGAACUUGACAGCCCCGGCGGAGCUGGCCACCGCCGCGCCGACGCCGAGGCGCGGCCGCGACGAGCUGGGGCGCCGAGGCGCGAGGAGCCCGACACAGGGCAUCCUGGCCUCCGAGCGCUAG